UGAACAAUUUGUCAUUUUGUCGAACUCAAAUUUUACAAUCUACUUUGCCGAUUGCCAAAGUCGAACAAACAUCGAACAAUACUGAUAAGGCGAUACAGUGAAUUAUUAAACAGUUAACGAGUGCCGUCUGCGUUAAUAAGUCAAACACAACUCGCGUGUGAAGACGUUGCGACAAUCUCUCUAGUUAUAAAUAAAAUAUGGAAAUCUCAUUCAAAGGCAAAAGGAUUCUGGUAACCGGCGCUGGACAAGGUAUAGGCCGAGGUAUAGCAGUAGAACUAUGGCGUGCGGGGGCCAACAUAGUAGCCCUGUCGAGGACUCGGAGCCACUUGGAGGCGUUACAAAGCGAAUACCCGUCUAUCGACAUAGUAGAUGUUGAUAUAGCCGAUUGGGAAAAGACAAGACAGGUGGUGGAAUCUCUAGGACAUUUCGAUGCAUUAGUGAACAAUGCAGCUGUGGCUCACUGUGCACCGUUUCUGGAAUGUUCUGCUGCUGAGUUUGACAAAACAUUUGACGUGAACGUGAAAGCAGUAUUGAAUAUUAGUCAAAUUGUAGCGAAGAAGAUGAUUGAUAACAAAACCCACGGUGCUAUAGUGAACAUAUCCUCGCAGGCGUCUAAGGCGGCUCUUAAAGACCACGCGAUAUACAGCGCAUCCAAAGCGGCCCUGGACGCCCUGACCCGCGCCAUGGCGCUGGAGCUGGGCCCUCACGGCAUCAGGGUCAACGCGGUGAACCCCACCGUCAUCAUGACCGAGAUGGCCAAGGUGGGAUGGUCGGAUCCCGCCAAAGCCAGCGAAAUGCUCGCCAAAAUUCCACUGGGAAGAUUCGGCGAGGUGUCCGAAGUGGUGAAUGCAGUGGUGUUCCUCCUGAGCGAGAGGUCCGCCAUGAUCAACGGCGUGGAGCUGCCAAUCGACGGAGGUUUCCUCGCCACAUAAUCCACGAACCCUACUGCUUUCACAAGAUCUUUCCAUCUAUCGAAUCUGUUAACUGUAAGAUUACUGUUAUUUAGUGAGCGGAACCAAAGAAAUGAUAAAACAUGCCAUAAUUUGUUUUUGAUUGUAAUUAUGUUAAAUUAAAUAUCUGAAGUAACCUUUGCCUUACUUAUCGAGAACGCUUUGAUAAAUGUAUUCAUCUUUGCCAAACGCAAAUUUAUGUGUAUAUUUUCCUUAUUAUGUUUCGUCCCUGAAGAAUUUUUGUAUUCGAAAAUAUUUUUCGUAUUGGUAAUGUGUUUCUUGUAGUUCCUAUGUAGGGUUACUUGUGUCUGACUUUUUAUUUAUUUAUUUGAUCCGAUUGACCAGUUCUCUCUAUUUGAAAAUUCUUUUAUUAUUCAUGUUGUUAAAAUCAAUAUUUACUUAGCAUUUGCCGCCAUUUUGGAUGGCGUAUGUCAAUUUAGUCGGCCAUAUUGAAAUUUAAAAAUCUAUUUAGGCACCAAAAUAUAUAGUAUUGUUUAACACGUAAAUCCUCAGUGAUGUAUUUCAUGCUUUACUAGAAAUUUCUUAAUAUCACCAAAGGCAAUAAUCCAUGUAACUAAUGAAACUAUAAAUCGAGCAGCUUAUAAAUAGAUUCCUCACACUUCUGUCUCUAAAUAUCGCAACUAAGAUGGCGUGUCGUCAAUUUAUAUGCUAAAUUAAACAUAAUAAGCAGUUUUAUAUCAAAAUCAAAAAGGGGUUAUUUUCAUAGUUUGAAUUUUCAUGAGGUGAGGUCUAGUUAUUGCAUUAUGGUAAACAAGGUAUAAAUGUAUUAAAUCUUUUGAAAUGCUUUUUCCUUAACAUUCUGUCCUAUAACGAUUCAAUAAACCUAACUUCCACUUUUCAUGUAUUCAUCAAAGAUUGCAGUAAUGCCAUUUUAGUUCUGACAGCCUAUAGUUUUAUAAGAAACGCAUUAGAGGCGCAAAUCCAAAGAUUUAGGUCUCAACUACCUAGAGAACUAUGAUGAUGAUUGAACGUUAACAGGUUAUCUCUCAAUGAUGUUUUCAAGACCUCUUAAAGCAUUUAUUUCGAUUUUGUACCACAAGACUUGUUUAAGGUACAUAAAAUUAGUGGAAUGAUAGAGUUGACCUUGUAGGUAGUUAAAUGCUAUACAAUAAUGCCUUUAGAAAAUAGUAAUGAUAACAAUAAAUAUAUUUUGUACACUGCUGCCAAAAACUGAUCAUUAUCGUGGUGACUGAUGCUGUUUCCUGUUUAGAUUUAAUAAGGGUAGGGUACCCAUACUUUCAAUUAAAGAGGGAUAAACGGUUUUUUUUUUGUUUCUUAAAUUCGUCAAUUUUCAGUUUCUACUUCAAUGGCAUUUUGACGCUCUUAAAAAUAUUAAGAGUAUACGAAGAUCUUAACACAAAUCAGACUAGAGGCUGUAAAUGAUAAACUAUGAAAUAUAGUUACAGGGGAAAAAAUCAAUAUAAAACAAAAUAAUAUUUAUUGUUGGUAAAUUAUAUAAUGGCUGCAGAAAAUCUGAAUUGAAAUGUUUAUUUUUUUAAACGCAAAUAAGUAUGGUAUAAAACUCAUAUGUAUCAAACAUAUGAAUUAUUCGCUCCACGAGUGAACAGCUUGCGUUGUAACCUCGAUAGAGAAUAAACAGAAAUAAAUGCAUUUUACACAUCGUGCUCGGCUUCAUGAUCUGUCGAUAUAGUUAAUACAGCUAUAUUAACCUGUCUAUAUUUUGUUAAAUAAAUUGAAUUUGUUAAAUUA